GAAGGCGAUAGGUUUUAUACCCCAUUAAUCAUUAACAUUUGUGUUGUAGUGUUAUGAGGUAGUGUGUGAGUGGUGGCGCUGGUGUCAGCAGUGCCAGUGGUUAUGGGGGAGACACUGCAGGGAAGUGCCACUAUGCCUCAACCUCAGCCACUUUCCGCCAGUCACAUAGGGUAUAUGACACAACUGAUACGGGCCUAGUUGAUAUAAUUGACAUACCUUAUAGAAAGCCCCUGGAAUGCAGAGCAUUUCAGGCAACUUAGGUUAAUAUUGUCCUCAGGAUGCGACCCACACAAGUCGACUAACACCCAGGAGUUUUGCCUACUUGACGGUGAAGGAUCGCCUGCCAGUUAUUCUUACUCGUGUUGUUGAUUAUCUCUACAGGGAGAAGGACUCGUUAGGAAACAAUUAUGGAAAGAUGAUGCCAAUAUAUGGAACCGCUAUUUAGAAAAUUACAUACGUGUUACUGGAGUUGCACCCAAAUGGUUUACUGCUCCUUGGUUGUACGUGGAAUGCUACAUGUAUACCCGCAUCCAUGAAUCAUUAUAUCUCUGUAAUGUUCUUAAAGACUUUGAUCCCUUCAUGGACCAGAAAAGAAAUGCUUUGAUUGAUUCAAAAGAAGCAAUAGAAGCGUUGGCAGUACACGUACUAUCUCUCUGUGGUAGGAUUUCUACAUUCUCGCAAGAGCAAUUGAAGCAACAUGUUAUUAAGCUGAUUGAGAUUAGCUUAUGGGGUAACAGAUGUGAUCUUAGCAUAUCUGGUGGGGCUGACAAAUCUCAAGAUUCAGAUGUAUUACUCUUACUGGAUAAACUGCAGUCAAAAAUUCUUGUAAACAAUUCAGAAUCACUGUGGCAACUUCUAGUAGCUCUUCCAGAAGACCAAAGAGAUAUUGUGCUAGUGCUUGAUAAUGCAGGAUUUGAACUAGUCACAGACUUGUGCUUGUUAGCUUUCUUGACGGAGGCAGGCUUCGUUACCUCUCUCACCGUUCACCCUAAGAUUCGUCCCUGGUUCGUCUCAGAUACUACACACAGCGACCUGACUUGGACAAUUGAAAAACUCAGAGAAACUGGAGGAUCUGCUGGGGUACUGGCCAGCAAAUGGCAAAGUUACAUUUCCAAUGGACGGUGGAAAAUUGUAAAUAAUAAAUUUUGGACUUUGUGUCAUGACUUUGCUGAUAUGAAGGAGAUUGAUCCUGAACUAUAUUCUCAGUUGAGCAAGUCAUCUCUAAUCAUCUUUAAGGGCGACUUGAACUACCGCAAACUAACAGGAGACUUAGACUGGCCAACAACGACUAGUCUUGAACACACACUUCGUGGAUUCUGCCCUGCCCCUGUGCUAGCUAUACGCACAGCUAAAGGCGGACCAGUGGUUGGCUUGGCUCCUGGAGUCAGUGAGAGAACUGCAGCAGUAACCCAUGACUGGAACAUUAGUGGAGAGUAUGGGAUGAUCCAGCUCUGCACUUUUUCGUGAUGUGGUGAAUUUUUAUUGUUAUCAGCACAUUCUUCUUUUGCAUCUUGUUGAGUUUAAAUAUGACGUGCUUUAUAUCAAGAUUUUUAUAAUUAAAUGUUCACAUAAUAAUGAAGUAGUAAAUUUUGGACCUGGAAUAAUUCUCAUAUAGUAUUGUGUUGUUGAAGCUGUGAAGUUUAUAUUUGUAUUUUUUGCCUAGAGAAUAAGCUUUAUCACUUCCUAUAUAAAUGUAGUUGAUAUUUUGUUGCUGUAAUAUUCAUCAUCAAUAUCUGGAGUAAAACAAGGACACUUAGCAUUGCUUUUAUUAAACAAUAUUCAACGUAAGUUUGAGCUUUAUGACUUCCUUAUGAAAACGUACACAGCUUGAAUAUAUAGUACAGUAUAUGUCCUUUCAUGGCAAGUGAUAGCUGCGUCAUGAUAAAAUACUUGUCUUUGAACCUACAUACUUCAUCUAAGCAGUUGACCAAAGGUGUUGCAAGGUGGUGUCAUUAGGUUGGGUUGGUACAUACAUGUUUUUUAAUAGAGUUGUAGAAGAGGUUGUUUGAUGUUGAAAGUUCCCUAAUUCUGUUUGUGUUGUCUGUAUAACUGCUGCUUUCAUAUUCUUGAGAAGCAUGAAAUGAGACCUAAUUUGUUACGCCCUGGUCCAGCUGACACCACAUCUUCCAACAACUCUUAGCCUGCCUGCUGUGGAGUAUGCAAGUUGGAGUUGAUUUCCUUUGUAGGAUAUGAAGAAGUCCACAGUCGAGCAACUUGUUCAAUAAAAACUCGUCAAACUGUGUCCUUGUAUUGCCAAAUUUAUCAACUCUUCACAUCAUUCUAAUUGUUAGUUAUUGUAGUGAUCUUUCACAUAUUUAUAUGUGUAUUAAUGAAGGAGGGGUGUUAAUGUUGCAGUUUAAAAACUGUAGUGUAAAGCACCCUUCUGGCAAGACAGUGAUGGAGUGAAUGAUGGUGAAAGUUUUUCUUUUUCGGGCCACCCUGCCUUGGUGGGAAUCGGCCGGUGUGAUAAUAAAAAAAAAAAAAUAAAAAAUUAAUGAUUAAUUACAAACAAGACUGAGCAUUAGUAGCUUACUAGCCAUGGUUUUAUUAAAAUGUAAUACAGGCAUACCUCAUUAAUACGGCACUAUAGAGUGCUUCGGUAAUAUGGCACUUUUCAGUCAUUCUUGUUUAUUUUCAGUGCUUGCCUCGUUCUUAAGAUGGUUUUUGGCAAUUUUCGAUUUUUAUUUGUUUUUUUACUUUGCAUCAUUUUGUUAGGCCUUAUGCUAUUGCACACUUAAUAAAUGAUAGUAUAAGCAUGUUUUUAAGCUUUUAUAUGCACUGGAAAGUGAAAAAAAGGCUGUGAUAUGCUCUAGUUUGAUAUUUACUUUACAGUGGCGGUCUGGAACUUAACCCACCAUAUUAGUGAGGUAUGCCUGUACUGUACUGAUCAAAAAUUUAUAUACAGCAGACAAUAUUUUAUCUUUAUAUAGAAUAUUAAAUUUUACUUUAAAGGACGGGUGUUAAUGUUGCAGUUUAAAAACUGUAGUGUAAAGCACCCUUCUGGCAAGACAGUGAUGGAGUGAAUGAUGGUGAAAGUUUUUCUUUUUCGGGCCACCCUGCCUUGGUGGGAAUCGGCCAGUGUGUUAAUAAAAAAAAAUAAUUAAAUUUUACUUUAAAAUUACUGUGUAUCAUGUUUAACACAAAUAAGUUCAGUCAAUCUAGCAGGGAAAAUGAGUCAUCCAAGAACUAAUUGCAAAAUAAUUUAUUUUUGUGUUAUAUUGAUAAAUAUGUAAGGAACAUAUAGUUAAAAAGGAGACCAAAGGAACUGGUGUAACACAGGUAAAAUGAAUUUUAUCUACAGGCACACUGUGUGCUUUUGUAUUCAAUUUGUUUUAGCACUAAACUUCAUCCCCAAAGAAAAAAUUCUAAGUCUUGUGGAAACUAUCCCAAAAAUGCAUUAGUGCAUAUGCUGUACUCUUGAUUUAGUAAAUGAUGUAAUUAUGAGCAUAACCAACAUGGUUUAACCUAAAUUGAAGUACAGAAUGGAGAAAUUGAAUGCUUUCACUGCAAUCAUGGCAUUGAGAGCAGUAUUAACAAGAAAAUGUCCUCUGGCUGCUCUUCCCACACCUCUGCCACUAACCAUAUCUUGUACCCCACAGUUUGGAGGAUAUACACUCUUCAGCAGCUCUUGAAUGCCUAACCCUAACAUCAGAGGACUUGUGCAACUGAUAUGCAAAACACAAAUGAGUGUAGCUCACCGUCAGAUGGUUCAUUGAUCACAAUGGUUACUUAUACCUUUCCACCUUCAUGGCUGAUCAAAGGUGAGGAUAAGUAUUAUACAGUGGCAUUUGGCCUCUGUACACACAAAUCAUAGUGUUAAGUAAAAACAGCUGUCUCUAGCAUUUAUGUUUACUAUCAGAGGAUGUAUAAUGAAUGAAUGUCCUGGAUGACUUCUUUGACUUGCAUCCUGCAUCAUUCCUGACCAACCUGGCUUUGGUGAAUGCAUUGGCAACUCAAUUUUCCAGAGAUGUAGCUUCAGUUUAGGGGGUCAUCAUAGCAGAGAUUAGUCAUUUCCUAGAUCAGUGGUUGGUCUAUUGGAGGGUCUGUUAAAAAAUUGAAUGUAUCUUCAUGAGUGCUGAUACAUCUUCUGUAAAAAGAACAUUUUGGUCCUGAUGUUUGCUGUUUAGUUCCAGGGAUCACUUCAGCUUUAUUUCCAUUCCAUGGAAUGUGUUGAAUCCAUCAAGUGUGCUUAUGUUGUGAUCAGUGUUAUGUCACAAAUUGCACAGUGUGGUUAUGGGUAAUACCUGGACUGGUUGUACCUUAUAAUCUUGCUGCUCAGGAUACUUUCUUAACUUCUGAGUAAGAUUUACAGUAUCCAUGACUGCUUAGCAAAUUAUUCAGGAACCUUGGUGAAGCAUCUAAAUGACCAGACCAGUCUGAAGAGGUGAGAUGAGAGUUCUUACACUAAGUAACUUUGAACAGUGGCCUGACCCACUGAUACAAUCUGUCUACCUUUUUCCAGUGAAGUGUUCUUAAAAUUAUUAUAACCAAAUAAAGCACUAAACAGACAAGUAAUUUUCUUAAAACAAGCUGCAGAGUCUGUACUAAGAGUAUCAUGUUCUCUUUCAAAGAUAAAAAUUGUCCAUGCACUUAUUAUUCUUAAUGAGAGCUAUAUCUUCACAAUCCUCAUUUUUUCCUUACCAAAUUGUCAACUUAGGUACUUCAUAAAAUCAUUCAGGACAGUUGUUGUACUCCAAAUAUGUCCUGUGAUCUUUGUCUUCAUCUAUUUGUCACUGUAGGCAUCAUCACUGCAGUAUUCUCUCAUCCUCUGUGCAUAAUCACUAAUGGUUACCUGUUUAUCAUUUUGUGUUAAAUAGUUCACUUUUUUAUUGCUUCUUCUUUACAAAUGUUAAUAAGUAAACCAAGUUUAGAUCUUUUAGCAUGGUUUGUAGAUUGGUAGGCUAUGGAAACUAGUUUUCCUGUUUGGAAGAUUGGUGUUGCAUACCACAAGAUGAUAAACACUGCAGGAACAAGUGUAUAAGUCUUUAAGAGGGAAUUGGAUAUGUACCUCCUCCAUGUGACAGAUCAACUAGGCUGUGAUAGGAUGUGAGGGCCAAUGGGCUGCCACCAGUAACAGCCUGUGCAAGAAAGGUAUAAAAUACUGACAAUAUGAAAGUUAAGACACAUGUGCAACAUCUGGAUAUCUUUAUUGUAGAUGUUUUGCCAUCCAGUGGCUUUAUCAAUACAAGAGAGCAAGAAAGGAAAACUGGCAAAAACCACUGGAACAACGUGAUGACACAUUGCAUGAUGGCAUCUUCCAAAACCAAAUCUGUUUCAUCUACUUUAAAAAUGUGCUCAUCUUUGUAGUCAUUUUCUUCAGUCAAUUUUUUAGAUCAUUAGGAUAUCUUGCAGCUGGCUCAUUGUCUGCACUGACACUGACCAAUAAUUCAAACAUUAUAAGUCCCAUAAGCUUUUUAAAGUUGUAAAACCAGCCACUACUUGCCAAAAACUUUCCCCUUGAUUGCCAUUUUUCUUUUUUAAAUGUUGCAUAGACUUGUUGCUUUAGCUUGACUCGUCAUCCAACCUAAUGGAAUUCCUUUCUGGCUUCAGUCUUCAAUCCAUAACAUUAAAAGACAUUCUAUAUUAUCCAUUUGAGAACUAUGGUUUUUUAUAACCACUUUUGAUAUGGAAUGGCUACAGCAUCUUGCAUAUUUUUUUAUUUUAUCUUUAUUCCUUAUAGGCACACAUACCGAUGUUUUGUAAUGUGGUUAAAUAAAAUUUAUAAACCAUGUUAUGUCAAAACUUGUACUGUUCUAAACCCAUACUAUGCAAGGUAUGGCUGUAUUUUUUUUUUCCUCAGAUUUUUUCAGAUUUGCUGAUCAAAUCUGAACAGAAACUUAAAAAUGUAUUUAGCAUGCCUUGACAAUGAGCGACUCCCAGGCAUUGACAAUGAACACGAGGCAAUUACAGGUUUGGAAAUUAUUACAGGUUGGAACAUUUUACUUUAUUGUUGCUUCAAUUAAGGUGAUAUUUUUCAACGGACGUCCAAAAAGUAAAAUUUUUGAAAAGAAAAAUGUUAGCCCAACAAAAACUCUUAUUAACAAAAGAUGCUCAGCAUGACAAACUAUGUAAUAUAUCCAGAAAUGAGCACAAUUGAAGCAAUAACAAGGUAAAAAGGAAUAUAAACAAACCAAAACAAUAUAAAGAAAAACAUCUGAAUCUGUAAUCUUCCCUUAAAAACAAAUAUUGAAAAAGGGCCACUCUCCAUAUUCAUUUCUAAGUUUUUGUAUAUUAUUAUUCAGUAUGGCACAUAGAAUACGUAAUCACAGAAUGUCUCCUUUGCAACUUGUUCCAUCUCGAACUAGAGACUGACUGAACUAUAGGUUGAAUGACAAUGUUGUUAUAAUCAAACUGAGCACUAAACCCAUGAAUGACAAUAAAAUAGGACAAUAAAAGAAUAUUGAAAUGUGUUACUAUGGAGAAGGGGGGGAGGGACCCGGCAGUGACUUUGGCUUUGAAUUUUAGAAAGCAGCUUUAAAAGACAUUUCACACUUGGUAACACACUAGUGUUUACCAUGUUAAUCCAUGCAUUAUAAAGGUAUAUACUGUAUUGUAUUUAAUAUAGAACAAAAUCUUACUAUAUACUGAAAUAAAGAAAAAAUUAGGUUACAUUGUAAAUAUCUUGGUAAGCCCCUCUAGCACGUGUGGCAAGCUUUGUGCUACGUUCACUGAAUAAUGAGCUCCAUGGUGACUGCCUCAGCCCUGAAUACAUGCGAGCACAGUCAUAAUUUUAAAGCUGCCACGCCUGUACUAAAUAAGUAUAUAUAUCGGAUAAAAUAAAAAUGUUUGAUAAAAUAUCAGCCAAAACAAUAAAAUGUAGUCAUUAUCAGGGAAGUUGAUGAGAGAUGUUGACUCGGCUGAAGUGAAAAUAUAAGAAUGGUUUUCUCUAUCCACUACAGUACAUUACCAUGUAUUUGAUUUAUCUGUACAACUAGUAUUCUUGAUCUUUAUGCAAGCUGUAGUUGAUACACACACAAGCUGUACAUUGCUGAUAUUACAUUUAAUAUAUAGUAGUGUGAGAAGGAACUCUACCACACUACACUCCCUAAUUUAAUAGUGUGUAUAGUGUAAUUACCAGUAAUUGUGGACUAAGAUCUGUCUUUAUAUUUCACUUAAUAAACACCCAAGAUAUCCACAUAGGCCAUUUCCAAUGACCAGAACAAAAAUUCAGCUUAAUAUCCAGACAAAAUUAUUAUUAUUAUAAUCAAAAAGAUUCUUUCUUUCUUUCAACACACCGGCCGUAUCCCACCGAGGCGGGGUGGCCCAAAAGGAAAAACGAAAGUUUUUUCCUUUUGGGUUACUAGCCCCUUGCUCCCGGCAUUUUAGUUGCCUCUUACAACACGCAUGGCUUACGGAGGAAGAAUUCUGUUCCACUUCCCCAUGGAGGUAAGAGGAAAUAAACAAGAACAAGAACUAGUAAGAAAAAUAGAAGAAAACCCAGAGGGGUGUGCAUAUACAUAUAUGCUUGUACAUGUAUGUGUAGUGUGACCUAAGUGUAAGUAGAAGUAGCAAGACGUACCUGAAACCUUGCAUGUUUAUGAGACAGAAAAUGGACACCAACAAUCCUACCAUCAUGUAAAACAAUUACAGGCAUCCAUUUUACACUCACUUAGCAGGACGGUAGUACCUCCCUGAGCGGUUGCUGUCUACCAACCUACUACCUAGAAUCAAAAAGAUAUCCAAACAAAAACUUCAGCAAGCCCAGUACUUGACCAUAAUACAAGUCUCAGUCAAGAUCUGCCCUUGUGGUUCAGUGCUUCUUUUUUAUUAUAAUAAUAAUAAUAAUAAUCAGUCAAGAUCUGAUCACAAUAGAAAUCUUGUGUUAACUGAGCAUUUGACCACAACAUUUUUCUCAUUCAAGAUCUGGCCACAACACCAACCGCAGGUUAUAAACUUGAACAAAGAUAUAUAUACUAUAUAUAUAUAUAUCUUCAGAAUUUAUUUUCUUCAUAAAAAGGUACUUUCUCAUCAUUUACAAUAAUUAAGGUAGUGACAAUUGUUUAAGGACCUUUAAAACAUUUGAAGUUAACUCCUAGCAUCAUGAGCCAUUCACUCAAUUCCCUAAAAUUGUAUGUGGGCAUACAAUGAAUGGACAUAAUAAAAAUAAUUGUGCUAGGUUGGCAUAUAAAUACAGUACAUAUGUGAAAGAUUGUAUUGGCAGGAUGAGGAGGUGCUAAGAGUGUGUAAAAGAUACAAUAGCUGAAAGCUAAUGGGCAAAGUAUUGAAAGAGAAAGAGAUAGUAGGGAUCUGUGCCAAAUCUGACACCCUGCAACUUACGAGUGAUGAACAUGAACAGCUGUAGUGUUUACUGGGGAAGCUUGUAUAAAAUUUCAGCCAUUGUUCUGUCUAGAGCAAAAUAUGAUAAUAUAAGUGUCAGUGUUGUUUCUUAGAAUAAAUUGGGUAUGGUUAAACUUUUUUAAGUGUUAUUAUUGUGGUUUAAAUGUACAUGCAUAUAAUUAAAAUAAAUACAUAUUUUUUAACCAUUAAAGUACUUUACCAUUGAUAUAAUAGUUAUAACAGGAAAAACCUGGACACACAUAUAGUACAUCACUGUUUUUCCUUGAAAUCUUUGUUGCUUUGGUCCCUUCCUACUCUGGAGGACGUCGUGUAGAAUCUCCAAAAUAUUUCACCCAUUUGCAGAUAUUAAAUGUCUGAAAAAGUACUUUAAAUGUUUUGUUAAUUGCACUUGCUAGUUUGCUUUCACAUUACAGAACCAGUUACUAUAUUCUUGAUAAAUAAAGAAUACAGAAAAGUGUUGGAUUUUCCCUGCAUUGAUUCUAUGUAACAUUUUGAUGUUUAUCAUUCAAAUGUUAAAUUUCGAUCUUUGUACUAAAAAUGUAUAUAAAUUUUUA